CAUACUUCCAUGCUCCGAGUGCACAUAGCGAGCAUGCCGCCAUCUUGGAGUGCGAGUCCAAACCGAAGUUCGGUAGUGCGGAGCACGGAUAAAGUACCCGGAUGCGCACUCCAUUUGAUCAAAAUUUGAAGUGUGCAUCCGUGCAUGCUCCGACUGGGAAAAAUACCAUAAUUCCUUUCGCGAAAACGGCCAAAAACAACGGUAAUGGCGGAUGACAGUCUAGUGUAGGCUACUCUCUCGGAUUGGAAACUGAAAUCAUGUCAUAGGAAAAUGGUAAACAGGAGUUGGUGUAUAAAUAAAGUGGUACAGUGUCAAUGAAUAACGCAAUAUGUAAAGUAUCAGUUGUUUUUAUUAGUUUAAAGAUAUGUACUUUUAACGAGUGUAAGGAGCUAUAUUGAAUACAUCGGUGCUAAUCGUCGGGUCCCGUCUUGAAUUAUAAACUGCCGUUUUAUUCUCGCCACUGCCCAUCUUUUCAUUUAAUUUGAAAUACACCCCUUGCCUAUGGAGUAGCCACCACAAACAUGACCGGCUCCAUAAAUGUUGCCUAACUGAGUACCCAGCGCGAAAGUAUACAGCGCGAAAAUAAUGAAAAAACAGACACGACUGUUUACAAUGAAAUGGCAACUUUAUUAUGGGGUUGACAGUACACUGAAAGCUAUCCAAACUGCAAUUAAUAUUUUCCAAGCUAUCGUUGCCUUCCACUGCUCUUCUGACAGCAAAAAGGAGAAUUCAAUUGAAGUGGCUAGCUCGCAAAAAGUUGCUGAUAUUAGCCUACUGGUUAGUCUAGAUCAUAAUAUUUCAGUAGCCUACUACUACUCAGUGUGAGCAUCUACCGACCGGGUUCGUUCGGUAGACAGAAAAACAUCAGAUUUUCAACUGUAGUCUAUGUAAAAUAGGCGAAAUAUAAGUAACAACCUGUACCUAGUUAUGUAGAAAAAAACGUCCUUGUUAUUUUCCGGAGGUAAUUCUUUCAGUACUUUCGCGAUUUUCGCCCAGUGCUAGCUUUAGUUGCUACGGGGACAUGUAUCUGCCACUGCAUAGAGAUUAAUGGAACUUGUCUUUACUUGAGAUCAUAUUGUAGAAGUGUCCCGUCUUGUGUAUUUCAGGUUAAUAUGAAAAAGGCUGGUCCCUACUAGCAUUUCUAGCGAUCCGCUACAUAUUCACAAUUGUAACCCAAGUAGCAGGGAGCAAAAUAGCCAUUAAGAAGAAGCGACAUUUGCACUACUUAAUGGUCGUGAUUAAGGAAUUAAUUAGUAUAUCAAUAUAACUAAAAUGUAUAUGUAUUAAGUAAGAUUUUUUCCCAUUUAGACAGUUAUGUGUAAUUUUUACAAGACUUGCAUUUAAAUAGGUAACGGAGUCCAGUCCGCUUGAUUAAAUAUGAAAUAAAUGCGGUAGCAUUUCAGAUGGUCGAUAAUAUGCCCUCUCACUCACGUUAUUCCCCUCAGGUUUAUUACCGGAAUUUUACCGAUAGUUACGGCAAAGGUUAAAGGUUAUGGGUCAGAUGUCGUCACGAAGUGCAUCCCACUCAUUUAACUGUUUCUCCGUGCUACUGCACUUCCAUGGUUCGGAGUGCAUAGUCCCAAGCAUUGCCUGGAGUGCGUAUUCCGGAGCACGGUAGUGUGGAGCAUGGAAGUUUGCGGUUUGGGACACAGCCACUGUGUCGGUACCGUCGGGACAAUGGACGCAAGAAACAGAGCUCACGACGUUCAUAGCGCGCUCCGAAGAGCCAAAAGGAAAAUGUCAAGCUUACAAAACGAACUUUCAGAGAAGGAGAGCUUUUCGGAGAGCGAGGAGGAGCUGCGUGGCCUGGCGCAGGCCCACAGUAACGAGCUGAGAGACUCCCUGGUUGACAUGUACAAAGCUAAUCCCAAAGUCAAUGAGGAACUGAAACAAAGAUUACCCUCCCCAGUAAAACAGCACAGCACAGAGAGCGCAUCACAACUCAGAGAGCUGGAAGCAAGUUCCACCACGUUGUUAGGUCGAACGGGUUCAGAAGCACUCGCUGAGGAUCUGUCUAGAGGGGGUCUUUUUGUUCCACAGACCAAGGUUUCCCUGCUGUCCCACUGUGGGGAGCCCAGAGCUGCGAGAUCUGUCCUCAGUCCUGACUCCAGAGAAAACGCGCCAGCGAAGAUGAUGGAAGAGGAGGAGGAGGAGGGUCAUGUGGCGAGGGUUGAUGUCCAGGCUCAGGCAGAGCUGGAGCAGGACGCUGGACCUCUUCGCAGGCCAAUCCUGUCCCCACGGGACCACAGCGAGCCCUCGCCAAAGAGUGCACGAGAGGUCCAGGGUAGUGCCAACGCAAGCGGCUCCUUUACCUCAGCGAAGCACCCGCCGGUCCUGGAUAAGGAGAAAAACAUUGCCUUCCUGCUCAAGGAGCUGGACUCCCUCAGAGACCUCAAUAAGAAGCUCCAGGACAGGCUGGUGCUGAAGGAGCGGGAGCUGGAGGAGCGAGCGGUGGAUGGCCAGCUGCUGGAGAGCGAGCUGGAGGCCAGAGCCUGCGAGAAAGCUGGAGCCCUGGUGGAGGAGAUCUACACAGCGCAGAGGGAGCGAGACCAGGCCGUCAUGGCCCGGCUGCGCCUGGCCAACGAGGAGAGGGACGAGGCCCUGCUCCGGGCCAACAGGCUACAGCAGGCGGCGGCCGAACUGGAGAAUAUUAACCCAGAAGAGAAUGAUGCGGACCUGGAGGAGCUGCUGAACAGGAUCAACGGCACGGACUCGGCCCUGGGCAUCGAGCGCAGCGGGGCGGUGAUCGUGGACCGCCUCCAGAAGGCCAGGGAGCGCCGGAAGAAGAUCACAGCUGAGGAGAUGAACGCUGUCAUUGAGGAGAGGGAUGCCGCACUGGCUAAGUGCCGGCGCCUGGAGCAGGAUCUUCAUCACGCCAAAGAGCAGAGCCAGACUUGGGCAAACAGCGCGAGGCACCCGACUGCAGAAAACAAUCAGGAGCACGCUCGCAAGGAGGAACUGGAGGCUGUUUCCUGGGAGCGCGACGUGGCCGUGGAGCGCAGUCAGGGCCUGGAGGAAGAGCUCCAGUCGCUGCGAGCGCAUUACAGUCUUCACCAGUCCCUGUCCCAGGAGGCCAGCCUGAAGGAGCAGUUUGACUCCACGCUCAAUGCCAAUUCUGAGGCCUUGCACACCCAGGAGGGCCAGCUCACCCAGGCCACUCUUCACCAAGAGCAGCUUAAGGCCCAAAUCCAGGCCCUGGCUUCAGAGCACCAAAGCACACAGGCCCAACUCAAGCUUGCUCGGGAGGCCGAGAAGGAAGCCAGUGAGAAAGUUCAAAAACUGGAGAGACUGGUGGAGGUACUGAGGAAGAAAGUGGGGACCGGCAGCGUCAGGACGGUGAUCUGAAGGCGAAGAGGUCGGCUCCGGAGCGAUCCGGCCGGCCACAUCUGGCGACCAGGCUGCCGCGUUUAACACUGUGUAAACACCCCAGCCUUAACUCGGCAAACAGUUGUUAGAAGUGCAGCACUCAACCCACAUUCCAAGCCCAGAUCAAACCGAAUCAUAAAUGUUUAACCACUCGGUUGCUGCGCGUGCUACACUGCCACUGUUAUUUCCUGAAUUGCUUAUUACAUUAGAUUAUAUCAUUAUUUUAAAAAAUGUUUUCGCUGUUGUUUGUCAUCUGGCAUUGGGUACUACUGGUAUAGGCCUGAUGUUAGGGAAUUCGCCGUCUGUCACCCUGACCUGUUUUGACACGUUAUCCAUUAUGAUCAUCACAUUUAUUGGAUUAUCUUGACGGAGAUUUGUCCCGUAUCUCGUUCACUUUUAAAUGGUAAAGCUGCUGGAGCUCAACCCGGUGGCUUUCUCCGGUCACACUCAGUGUUAAAUCAUUAUUUUAUUUACUGAUAUGUUCGCUUUUACCAACGAACAAGGGAACAUGACUGAUAAAACUCUGCCAACGACGAUAGGCCUACGACCCUUGCAUUGAUGGGACAAUAUACUUCGCUGUCUGGUCUAUCUUUUCAAAAGUGAAAUUUUUUUUUUGAUUCAGUCAAUCUUAUUUUCUCUAUACGUACAUGUUUAGUGUGUUUUUGUUUGUGUUUUUAAGCAAUGUAAUAAAACACCCGUUACAAAAACAUGA